AUGACCUCGGUUAUCCCUACCAAUGAUGGGGUGGUAGAUGAUUGGGAAUCUUUGCCAUCAGACCAUGUCUCUCAAUUGGCCGAACAAAAACAGGCCAUGCUCAAGCAACAGCAGCAGAGUGCGGCGGCGGAAGAGAAAUGCUUAAACGAUGAAAAACCAGCGAUAGAUCAAGGGAUUGGAAGGUACUUUUCUGCAUUUUCUAGUAAUUUUGUUUUUAGUAUUAUUCAGAAGCCAUUGAGGUUACUGAAAAGAGAACAACCAACGAGAUUAUCAAGAACUUCUGAAUCUGAAGAUGCGUCUAAAGCAUUGGCCAAACUAACUCUUGAUGUAUGUGUGUGAGCUUUCGUUUUUUUAGUUUGGAGGUAAAAGUAUUUAUCUUUUUGUUGCAGGAGCGCAUUGCCAACUAUGACAAGAUUAGAGAACGAAUAUUUAAUGGAGAAGACGGGAAGAAACCCGAAACAAGCAAGGAGUCUACGGUUAGUAAUGGGAAAUCGGAGAAUGGUGCCAAAGGUGGUCCAACAGAGGCCAAUGGAGUUAUCGUCGAGCCCAUAAACCAUCUCACACAUGUUCCAAUGCUAUCAGAGGAUACUCGGAAAAGUAAGUUGGCAUUAUGUUCGAUGUAUUUUAUGCUUUAGGUAAUGUUGGACCCAUACAACCCAUGCAAAUACCUCCUCCACAAACGCAUUUCUAUCACAGACCAAUGGACCAUUCGGCUUCAAUGAUACCUCCAAUGAAUCCACAUAUGAUGAUGAUGCAUGGGGGCAAUCCAAAUGUGUCGUCAGGGUUUGGUCAAACCAAUCGUCAACCCUUUCCCUCUCCAGCUCCUUUUGUUCCUCCACCUACUUGGAUGCCCCCACCACCCCCGAUGGAUCUCACUCUUCCUUAUGGCCAUCCGCCACCAAAUCUUGGCCAAGGUAUCUAUUGUCCUUCAACAACGGCAUGGCUGCCUCCACCGCCUUCCAUACUCCCACAUCAAACCGGUAUGUCUAGAUUUAGGAAUGGGAUACUUAUAAUCCUUGCUAUAUUUUGUAAUGUGCAUGCUGUUUUUUAAGUCGUAUUUUUUCACAAGGUCUUUAUAUUACUUUAGUUGCAGGUGGUGGAAGAAUACCCCCGGCUCAGCCGGUACCAUUGAAGAAUAUCAAGAUCCAGCCCCCAAACAAUAAGAGUAAUCUCAGUCAGCCAUCAAAACGACAGAAUGGCCAGAAGAUUAAUCGUAACACGGGAACAUCCAAAAGGAGUAACUGA